UUGAAAACAUGUGAUCAUAAAAGCACCACCAAAUGCAGGGAGUGAUUUUUUCAACUACAAAGGAACUCAUUCCCUCGUGCUCAUGGCUGUGUGUGAUGCUAACUACAGACUUAGCAUGGUGGAAAUAGGGGCAUAUCGACGAGAGAGUGAUGGUGGAGUUCUUCAGGAGUGCAUGUUCGGGAGAAGGCUGCUCCAUGGAACCCUGGACCUACCACCCCCGGCCAACCUGCCUGGUUCCACAACUACUGUUCCACACGUGUUCCUAGGUGAUGCGGCCUUCCCUCUCCACCAAAACCUGAUGCAGCCUUUUCCAGGAACAAACCUUGAUGACACACAGCGGAUUUACAACUACCGCCACUCACGUGCCAGGAGGGUGAUAGAGAACAGCUUUUGCAUCCUGGCAGCCCGAUGGCGGAUCCUGAGACGACCAAUCGACUUCCACCCUGACAAAACUGUUAAAGUUGUGAAGGCCUGUGUGGCUUUACACAAUUACCUGAGCAGCACUGAUGCUGCCAACACCCCAGCCACCCGCUACGUCCCACCCAGGUUCUCCGACUCUUUCUCAUCUGCAGAUGAUGUGGUGGAUGGGGAAUGGAGAAGAGUAGCUGCCGGUGACAGCAACCUGUUGGAUGCUGGACAGCUCAGCAAGGCACGAGCAACUCGGGCUGCAAUUUCAGCCAGAAAUGAUUUUAAGUCAUUCUUCCUGUGACCGCAAGGACUUGUACCUUGGCAGGAAAGCGUGCUAAGGAGAGGUACACUGAAUGAAGCCUCAGGUCUGGUCUGAAUGUGUCUGUGGAUGGAAGGGCAUUUUCAAUUCUGCAGUCAGUUUAUUCAGGUCUCUAGGCAACAAGGAAUAGAGCUCAACUCAAUGCAUUAAAUCACACCAUUUAUUGUGUUCAAGGUAAAAAAUGACACAUGAAAAAAUAAAAAAUAAACCAUAAAAAAAUCACUGUGAAUUGUUUGUCUCUAUCGCUUCAUACAGCAGCUGGUAGAUUUUUAACUGGACAGACAUUUUCUUUUCAGAUGGCAUUUUCCCCAGCAAGUCAGCAACAACAUGUCCAAAUCUAAUAUCCUCUGUGUCAUUUAGGACAGCUUUCUCAUGCUCAAUCCUGUCGAGCCUUUUGAGUAACACGUCAUCCAUCUUCUUCCUCCUGUUUGGUGCUGGGCCUGGACUC